AUGUUUCUCCCUUCGUUGACUCUUCUCGCCACCCUUUCCUCCCUUUUCCUGCCUCACGUCCACGCCGUCGGUCGCGCAAUCGUUAGCAACGAAUGCCCGGAGGCUAUUUACCUCUGGUCCGUAGGUGGAAGCAUCGGUCCCCAGCAGAAGAUUCAGCCGUCGACAUCUUACAGCGAGACAUUCAGGCGCGACCCUCAGUCCGGGGGUAUCGCGCUCAAGAUUUCGCCAAUUGAAAAUGGCAUCUUUCAGCCGAAUGUCAGCCAGACCAUUUUCGCCUACAAUCUUGACGGCCAGAAGAUCUGGUACGAUAUGAGCGAUAUCUUUGGCGAUGGAUUUGCCGGACGCACAAUGUCGCUCAAGCCGAGCGAUACCACGUGCCAGAGUAUUGUUUGGGGAUACGGAAAGCAGCCCGCUGGAAGUUCGGUCAAGGUGUGCCAAUCCGGCAGUGACUUGACUCUGUCGUUUUGCACAGGUGGUUGCUUGCCGAGUUGGUAUCCUUGUGGAAAUGCUGCGCCGGGAAGUAACAAGGUUUGUUGCACGCACUGUAUUGGAAGUCAUCACUGUGUUGCGCCGCCGGCAUGA